AAUGAAUUGUGCAUAAGAAAAACGCAUUGUGCACCUUGCAUUAGAUAAUUAAGGAAAGGAAUUCGGUUGCCCGCAGCAAUCAACCCCUAUCACAUACUUGAGCGUUAUGAACAACACGAAGAUGGAGGUGUCUAAUGAAGAAGCUAUGGAAGUGCCUAAUGAGCAGGUUAUGGCGGUAUCUAGCGAGCAGGUUAACAAAGAUUCCAACGAACAGUCUAAAGAGGUAUUCAACGAGGAGCCUAUGCAGGUGUCCAGUGAGCAGCCUAUGAAGCUGAUCCAUGAUCAGCCCAUGAAGCAUUUUAUGGAAAUGUCCGUCGAGAAGUCUAUGAAAAUGUCUCGUGAGCAGCCUGUGAAAAUGCCUAAACUGCUGCCUAUAAAAGUGGGCGAUGAGCAACCUAUGGAUUUGUCCAAUAAGCUACUUUUAGGGGUGACCAAUGAGCAACCUUUCAAGAUGCCCUUUGAGCAGUCUUUGAUGCUGACCAACAACCAACCUUUGAAGGUACCUAACAAUCAUCGUGUAGAGGUGUCGAACAUAAAACCCAUUGAAGAAGUCAACGCACCAACUAAUGAAGCAGCCGAUGAAUUGAUGAUCAAUUUAAAUGAUGAACCCAUGGGGCAAUCUAAUAAAAACCCCAAUGAAAAACUCGAGCAGAAAACUGUUGAAGAACUUAUUCAGCAACGUGAUAAAGUCAGCCUGAAAGCUUACGAAGACAGUCAGAAAUCUUUACGAUUUACCUACCGGACAGCUUCCUCACUAAUCGGAUUGGCAAAUAAAGAAAUCAGGCAGAAUAUUAACAUCGGCCACAAAGCUGCAGAAGAAGUUAGUCAGCAACUUGACAGAAAACUCUUAGUGAAUUCGUCUAGAUUAGCUUUGCGGAACGCUUCUGUUCAAAACGAACGAAAGGCAGAUGGAGAAAUCAACCGAAAGUUUGUUAAAGUUUCCACCGAGAAAGCUGCUGAACCGGUCAAAGAGCAGCACAAGGAGAAGCCCAAAGAUCACCCCAAGGAGCUCCCCAAUGUUGAGGCAAACCAGGCGACCGAUGAUGUUCCUCAAGUGUUUCAUCAGCUGCCCAACAACGCUGGCGAGUUGGUUUACGAGGUGCCCAUGCGACACUAUGCCGGCAAGCGUUUGCUCAUCACGGAGUUGAUCGUGCCCGAGAAUAGAGAGGAACGUCGUCCCUCGUACUUUGAUCGCAAGGGCAUUGAGCAGAUGUUGCUCAAGUACAGCGCCAUGGAGAAUGUGUUGCGUCAGGGACCUUUUAACGAGGAGCUUGUGGAUGGCAUAUUGUCCGCCGUGGAGACGUAUGCCAAGUACAUGGUCAAGUCGGUUAUUGAGCUGUGCGAGCAUCGCACUGGCUAUUGGCUUUACAACGAUCCGCGUUGUGUGAUGCAGCACGAUAUGCGCUCAACGAUGAUGUUUCUCAACGAUCGCGAGGCGGCCGAUUUUGGUGGCGCCGAUGACGAAACUCCAGGGCAUCGCAGUCGCUGGAUGAAGAUGAAACGCAAACUUCCGGGCAGCAGUUCGCUGGAACACGAGAUGCGUUUGGAGUCGACCAACACAACGGCUCUCUUGGCUCUGGGCGGACGCAAGCCGACAGCAGCGAGUACCUCCAGAUUUGGCAGUGGAGUUGCCACAGCGUUGCCACCACGUGCACCGCCUUUGCGUGCCAAGCGUGUGGUUGUCAAGGAUAUCGUACAGUUCAUGGAGAACAACAAACGCUAUGCUCGAUCGCAGUUGCUCUACGAAGCCUACUUGACAUACAAUUUGUAGGGACGA